AUGAAAAAGCCGACCACCUUUCAAGACUUAAUGCUAAUCGCUCAUAAGUAUGUGGAACUAGACGAAGCUCGAAGGACCCUCACGAAACAACAUGAGCAUACCAAGCAGGAUAAUUCCAGGCAUCGAGGAAAAAAGGAAGAAGAAAGGCCACAGACUCAACGAUAUGGCACAGGGCAUAGACCCUACGAUUUCACCCCAUUGAAUAAAGCUCCAGUAUAUAUACUCAGCUGGAUGAAACAAAACCGAGUGAUGUUCAACACACCCCGGAAGAUGGAUCCUGACAUCCAGAGAGACAAAAGCAAAUACUGUCGUUUCCAUGAAGGCUACGGCCACGACAUGGACAGAUGCUGGGACCUCAAAAGAGAAAUAGAGCAGCUAAUUCAGUCUGGACUCUUGAAGAAGUUUGUCAACGACAUACCGGGAGAUAAAAGGAAAGGGGAGUCAGCAGAGAAAGAGGAACAGAACAAGAAGAAAAAAGAGGCCGCAGGCGUAGUAAACGUGAUAGAAGGAGGAGAGCCCUACAACAAUAAUCAGAAAAAGAAAAGGAACAGAAAAGGGUCAGCUGCGGUGUUCGCAAUUGAAAGAGAAGUAAUCCCAGAGAUAUCAUUCGGGCCAGACGAUGGACAUCACGUGAAGGGACCACACAACGAUGCGUUGGUGAUAGAGGCCAUAAUCAGAAAUCACCUAGUAAAGCGAAUACUGGUAGAUGAAGGCAGUUCCGUGAAUCUAUUAACCUUGGAGGCAUUCAAAGAGAUGAAAGGCUCAGCAACAGACCUGAGGAAGUCCUCAGUCCCACUAGUAGGCCUGGGAGGAGCACCAAUACGUCCGGAAGGGACAGUGAGUUUAUAUGUAGAAUUGGGAAACAGAAAUGAAGGGCCAGUCAAAAAGAUGCAUGCUCAGUUUAACGUAGUAGACCUCCCCCUGGCAUACAACAGCAUACUGGGCAGACCAUUCUUAUACCAGUCGGGAGCAGUGACCAGCAUUAGACUGCUGACCCUGAAAAUGCCAACGUCAUCAGGGAUAGUAGUAGUCCGAGGAGACCAGGAGAUGGCUAAAGAAUGCUGCAUGGUAACGACAAAAGAGGAUGGAAGCUUGACUAUUGAGGCGUUCCCAUGA